GAGAAACAAGUGAGAAAUGUAAGUGCCCUUUCUGAGGCACAGGAAUAUAAUUUCAGUGGGGAAGUUAGACCGCUGUAUCACGAUACGAUUUCAGAAUGGAGCAGUAGGGGAGUCUCUUCAGACAGCGAGUGGUCAGCAGAUUGGAGCGGCAGCAGUGAAACCAUUAAAAACUCUUUCUGUGAGAGCAGCCUGAAUGUGGAAACACUGGGGUUGGAGAAAGAAUCCGUCACAGAUAUAAAUAAUUCCACAACUCCAGAUUUCAUACAGAGCUUGAGAAAUCUGUCUAGUGAAGACUUAGAAAAGAGUAUCUUAAGUCACAAGCAGCUUGUGAACACGUGGGUGUCUGAGGAGCCUGGGCAUGCAAAACCAAAGGAUUUGCCAUACGAGUUGGAAUCUGCAGCGAGUGAACACGCAUGUUCUGCUAGAGUGUUAACUGUUGAUAUCUAUCUAAGAAAAACAGACGAACUCCUUAAUGAACCCGUGACUCUUAAAUCUGAAGAAAACUGUAGUGAUUUGGACACAAUGGAUAAAAAAACUGCUAGUAAAAGAUCUGGAAAACGGAGAAAGUCUCAGUCAUCUAGUGACAUUCCAAAUGGAGAGAGAAACCAGACUGAGAGUACUGCAAGAGAAGAAUCUGGUUUUGAGGAUGAUGCCCAUUCUGAGGUGUUUUCAGACAAGAUAAUAAACCCCGAACGAAAAGGUUCGGUAAGGUCUCUUCAACAGACUCCUGAAAGAAAUUCCUCUUCCUCAGGUAAUAAUCAGGACCUAAAAGUUGGAUCUGCUCACAAAGGGGCUUCUAAAGCUGAAGCUGACAAGGGCAAGCAGCAGAUCUCAAACACAAGCUCUGCAAGGAGAAGAUCAUACAAAAAGAAUCAGUCGGAUACUGUACCCAUUUCCCCUACUGGUUUGAAGGGUCAGGUGAAAGAUUACUCUUUAAAAAGGCAACCUUUAGCAUCUCCAGAGACUAACCCAGUAAUAAAAAGAACUUCAGUGGAAAAGGGAGCUAUACCUGUGGCUUUUGGGGAAGACAGUUUGGAGUCUCCCAAAGCUUCUUUGGCUGCUAAGACAGAAGACUUGGUGUUUGCUGAAGGCAGAAAUGAUACCAAGGCAGUAAAGAAUGGUAAUGGUCCAGAUGGAAGAGCUUUCUUGCAUGCUGAUGGGAUUAAAAAUGGAGACCUGUGUUUGUCAGCUGAGAGACAGACCAAUUCUGAUUUAGACACCUUGAAGCUGAAGAGUUUGGAUGCUUCCAGAACAGUCAUGACAAAGAUUAGCCUUCCAGCCAAACCGAAGAAUAUAGAGCUGAAUUUAAAAACACCUAUGAAUCAAGACAGUUUAGAAAGUGAGCAGGACACUCUUGAAAAACCAGUUAAUAAAACUAACAGCAACAUUGCCAACAAAAUUUCCUUGUUUGAAAACAAAUGUGCCAACCAGAGCCAAAGACCUACUGACAUCCUUGCUUCAAAAAAUAAUGCUGUACCAAGCACAUUUGUUGGCAGAGCAAAGCUGAAAUUUGGAAAACAAACUAAAGAAAAUGAGCAGCCUGAUAAAACAUUAAAUAAGCAAAGCAGUCGCCAGAAGUUAUUUGAGAAUGGCACACUGGAGAAAGAAGGCACUGCAGAGUUAAAAGGCAAAAAUGGAGAAAUCUUUACCUCUUAUGAGGAUAUUGGGAAGACAACAGAACUUAAAGUAAAAGCUGCUAUAUCCCUUUUUAACCAAAGCAGCAAAAGUGAUGCUGGUAGUGUCUCUGUGAAGCAACCAGAACCAGAAUUAACCACAGCAAAGAAAGAAAGUUCACCUUUUAAACUGCCUUUGCACUCACCUGUAAAAACUGAAAAUGCUCAAGAUCCUUUCUACCAAAGAAAUUACACAAGCUCAGAAUUCCAUAGAAAUGAAGAAAAGGUGCUGCCAAAUGCAGAGGCUGUAUCAACUUGCAGUGAUGAUAAAUAUCCUCUACCAUCUCAGGUUUCCAGAUCAGAAUUUAAGAAGAUGGAAAAUGGAGAUAAAAAGGUAAAGCCAGGAGAUUUGAACUUAGCAACACUCCAGUAUGAUGACAGCAAUCAAGACAGUGUAUUGGAAUCAGAGCACAACACCAAUACACAAAAGAGCCCAGGGAAAACCUGUAAUGGAUCUUCUGAAGAUGACAGCAUUUUUGAUUCCCCAUCUGACAUGAAGAAGUUUGCUGAAACAAUAAAAAAUUUAGACAGCUCAGUUUGUUUACCGCAGAAAAAGAAGAGGUCAAAGCUUCCCAAGUCUCCAGCACCACACUUUGCAAUGCCUCCCAUUCAUGAAGACAACUUAGAGAAAGUAUUUGAUCCUAGUGUAUUUACUUUUGGUUUGGGACUGAGGAGGGAAAAAACACAGGAUCUGUUACCAGCACAGCAAAUGAAAAUGCAAAGCUUGGAAACAAUAGCCAGAGUCAGGCCCAAACGUGCAUCAACGGAACAAAGUAUCAUAUUCAAAGCUCUGCAGUCAUGUAGAGAGGAACCUGCCUUUACUCAGGAAAUAAAUGGAAAAGAGAAUCUUGAUUGUACAGAUGGUGAAAUUAAGAGAUCACGGCUUGAAAAAAGCUCCCUCUUCUCAAGCUUGCUGUCUUCUAAAGAGAAGUUUUUUAGCACUUCUGUCACUUCAGUAAAUAACACAACAGGUUUUGCAACUGACUCCUCGGGGAUGCCUCCUUUACAACAGGAUGUUUCUGGGCCAUUCAUCAUGCCUCAAAAAUCUGAGUCUCUUUCAGAUAUGAAGUUUCCAAGUUUUGUGGAGAAGUACCUGCAAGCAGAUAGUGCAAAAAAAGAACUAAGUUUACAAAUGCCCAACUAUGGCAAUCCUGAGAAAGGUUUUUCGAGCUGGUUAGGAACAAGCAGAUACGAAUCAAAUGUCCCCCCUGGUUUAUUAGAUGUGGAUACACUUCCAAGAAAUGGACAAAAUAAAAUCAAUCCCAGACCUGGCAAGCUGGUGAUAUACUGUGACUCAGACUGUCAAAAAGCUGGCAUUGAAGUUUUCCAUGAUGUUCCAGAUUGCAGUUCUUGGGUUCUGUCACCAACAAUUUUAGUUAAAGUCAUCAGAGGAUGCUGGAUACUCUAUGAAAAAACAAAUUUUGAAGGCCCCUCUAUUCCAUUGGAAGAAGGAGAGUUGGAACUCACAGAUAUUUGGGGUGCAGGUGCUUCUGAAGAGCAAAGUGACUACAAUUCUCAAAAGCCUGCAGUGAUCGGUUCAAUAAGACAUGUUGUUAAGGAUUACAGGGUUUGCCGAAUUGAUUUGUAUACAGAGCCUGAAGGGUUAGGAAUCGUGACUUCCUUUUUUGAUGACACUGAAGAAACAGGGGUGUUUGGAAGCACUCAGAAGACUUGUUCUAUUAAAGUGCAUUGGGGCAUAUGGCUUCUUUAUGAAGAACCUGGUUUCCAGGGAGUCCCUCUAAUGUUGGAGCCUGGUGAAUAUCCUAAUUUAUUAUUCUGGGAGAAGAAAGAAGCCUACAUUAGGUCCAUGAGACCCUUGAAAAUGGGUGGUCGCAAAGUUGAAUUCAGUGGGGAGCCAAAGGUAAUUGUAUAUGAGAAGCCUUUCUUUGAAGGAAGACAUGUGGAAAUAGAAUCGGAGAUCUUUAUGCUUGAUGACAAGGAAUCAGAAGACAAGACAAGACUUCCACUUACAUCGGUGGGAUCCAUGAAAGUACUGGGAGGAGUUUGGGUUGCUUACGAGAAGCCUGGGUUUGAAGGCCAUCAGUACUUGCUAGAAGAAGGAGCAUAUCGGGAUUGGACAGACUGGGGUGGCUACGAUGAGGAGGUGCAGUCCCUGCGACCAAUUGUUGGUGACUUCACAAGCUCCCAUAUGAUAAUGUACAGUGAAAAAGACUUCGGACCAAAGGGUUCCAAUAUCAAUGUGUUAGGUAUCAUUUCCAAUUUGAAAGACACUGGAUAUGGGCUGAGGACACAGUCUAUAAAUGUGCUAAGUGGCGUAUGGGUGGCUUACGAGAAUCCUGAGUUUACAGGGGAGCAGUAUAUACUGGCUAAAGGGCUGUAUCCCAGCAUUGAGGCAUGGGGGGCAAAGAAUUGCAAAAUAUCUUCAGUUCAACCCAUUGUUAUGGAUAUUGUUGGAAGCGAAAGGGGUAAAGUCAAGGUCCAGUUAUUUUCAGAGCCUGAAUUCAAGGGCAACUGCCAAAUAUUUGAAAAAAACACAAGAUGUAUUGACUCAUUUGCUGUGAAGUCUUCAAAAAUUUUAGAUGGCAGCUGCAUAGUAUAUGACCAGGAGGAAUUCGCUGGUAACCAGUAUGUGUUGGAAGAAGGGAUCUAUCCUGAUCUGACAGCAAUGGGUUGUUCACCCCAAGCAGUUCUAAAAUCUUUACGGAUCAUAAAUAUUGAGCUGUCAGAGCCCUGCAUAGCUCUUUUUGAAAAGAUGGGUUUCCAAGGAAAGAAAAUCGAGUUCAAUACAGAAAUCUUAAAUCUUCAGUUCCUGGGAUACAAUCCUCGAAUAGCUUCAGUUCAAGUCCUUGGUGGCAUAUGGAUAAUUUAUGAACACAGUAAUUACAGGGGACGUCAGAUGUUAUUAACACCAAACGAAAUUGAAGAUUGGUAUAAAGCCAGUGGCCUUUGUCACAUAGGUUCUCUGAGACCUUUACUGCAGAAACGUGUAUACUUCAGGCUUCGAAACAAGGAAACAGGAAAAUUCAUGUCAGCUGAUGGCAACUUAGAUAAUCUGAAUCUUCUUAGAAUACAGGUUGCAGAAGAUACAGACUCAGAUGAUCAAAUCUGGGUUUAUCAGGAUGGAUUCAUAAAGUGUCGGAUGGCAGAGGAUUGCUGCUUGACAAUUGUUGGAAAUCUUAUAACUCCUGGCUCUAAACUCGGUCUGUCAUUUGAGCGGAAUGAAGACAAACAAUAUUGGCAUAUUAGUCCCGAUGGCAGAAUUUAUAGCAAGAUGAAACCCAAGCUGGUUUUAGAUAUCAAAGGAGGCACACAGUAUGACUGUGACCAUGUUGUUGUCAACACAGUCAGUGAAGAAAAGUUAACGCAGUGUUGGGAACCGCUGGUUGUAUAAACCCAGUGAAGCAAAGGUGAUGUUUGAAUUAGCCACUAUUCUGGACACUGGAAUUGGCACUGCCGUCUCUGAAGGAUACAGGAUCAAUGAUGAGAGUUUUGUCUUUUCUUCACAAUGUAAAAAAGAAUAAGAAACAGAAUGAUUUCACCUCCCUAUCCAAGAUUAUUUUCCCUAUAAAAGCUUGACUAUCUCAAAACCUUCCUUUUUUUUUUUCUUUUUUUUUUU